AACCGGUGCACAUGGCUUUCUCCUUGAUCAAAUUGUAAACAGUGCUACCAAACGCAAUGUACCAGAUGCAGAGAAAUGUACUAUUCACUGUAUGUUCUACUGAGUAGUUCCUCUUGACAGUAAGCUGUUACACAUGGCUUGUUUUCUUGAAGCUGAUGUGUUGAGUAACUGUGAGAGGCAGUUUUCAUCUUUGCUUUCUCCAUCCGCUUUUCUCUUUGUACUGUUAGUGUGUGGGUGGAGUGGACAAGGUUGCUUCAGGAAAAAAGUGUGAUUUUCUAUGAAUGCUCAUAGAGGACAGUGGUGACGAAGGUACAGAGAGAAGAACUGUGAAGACCGCUAACAGUCAGGAUUAUUCUCUGCCACUGCAAUCAACAGCCUAUUGAAGAUGCCUCUGGGGAAGGAAUUCAGGAAGAAAGCAGAGGACAUCACAGCAGUAUAUGAUCUGAGAGAGAAGCUAGGAGAGGGAUCAUUCUCUGAGGUGCGCGUGGCUCAGCACCGCCGCACCCUGAAACUUGUAGCAGUCAAGUGUAUCCGCAAGAGGGCGCUAAAGGGCAAAGAAGCCAUGUUGGAGAAUGAGAUAGCCGUGCUACGCAGUGUUACAGGAGGCGAGUUGCUGGACCGUAUUCUGGAGAAGGGGAGUUACACUGAGAGGGAUGCCAGCCGUGUCAUACAACAGCUUCUGGAGGCAGUCCAAUACCUCCACCAGCUGGGCAUCGUGCACAGGGACCUGAAGCCUGAGAACCUACUGUAUCAGACUCCGUCGGAAGAUUCCAAGAUUGUCAUCAGUGACUUUGGCCUGUCCAAGAUGGAGGAGCAGGGGAUGCUCACCACAGCAUGUGGAACCCCUGCGUAUGUGGCACCAGAGCUUCUGCAGCAGAAAUCAUAUGGCAAAGAAGUGGACCUAUGGGCUCUGGGGGUGAUCACCUAUAUACUACUCUGUGGCUACCCUCCGUUUUAUGACGAGAGCGAGUCACAUAUGUACAGGCAGAUCAUGAAGGCUGAAUAUGAGUUUGACUCCCCGUAUUGGGAUGAAGUCUCUAAUUCAGCAAAAGAUUUCAUUCCGCACAUGUUGCAGAAAGAACCAGAGGAGAGGUACAAUUGUGAGCAGGCCUUGAAGCAUCUUUGGAUAUCAGGAGGAGCCGCUCUGGAGAAGAACAUUCAUGGAUCAGUCAGUAAGCAGAUCCAGAAGAACUUUGCUAAGAGCCAGUGGAAGAGGGCGUUCAAUGCCACAAUGGUGGUGCGGCACCUCAGUAAGAAGAAUCUAGUAGUAGAGGAGGAGUCUAAGGAUAAGGCAGAGACCAAGGCUACACUGUAAGGUUGUGACCUUUAAUCCAUGGGUAGACGAGAAUUUGCCCAGAAGAAUCCUGUGACAGACCAGUCAGAGUGGUCAUUUUGGCUCUCAGGCGUCUCUAAUAUGUGAUAAAAAGCAAAUACAGUGUGAAACUUUCUUUCUGCCAGCAGAGAGCACUCUUAAUCAAGCUUAAGUUCUAUUUUUUGUUGUCUGUCAUCUAAACAUUGCUCAGACUCUGGUUGGGCCCUAUACACUUCAGCAAUAAGACUCAUCAAGUGUAAUUUUGUUGAUAAAUCCAUAUAGGCUUAGUAUCUGUUGACCAUGCAUGGAUGUAAACAUGUUUUCUUGAACGUUAUUAAGUCUCUAUAGACCCUUGUAUUCUUCAACAAUAAAAAUGUUAGAAAACAAUA